UUUUCCAGGUUUAUCCAGGAGAUCGAGCUGGCCAUGGAGCUGGGCCCAGCCAAGCAGUGCCCCCUCAGGGAGUUCCUCACCAUGUACAUCAAGAACAUCUUCCUCAACCAGGUCCUGGCCGAGAUCAACAAGGAGAUCGAAGGCGUCACCAAAGCGUCGGAUCCUCUCAAGAUCUUGGCCAACGCCGACACCAUGAAGGUCCUGGGGGUGCAGAGGCCUCUGCUGCAGAGCACGGUGAUCGUGGAGAAGACGGUGCAGGACCUGCUGAACCUGAUGCACGACCUGAGCGCCUACUCGGACCAGUUCCUGCACAUGGUGUGUGUGAAGCUCCAGGAGUACAAGGACACCUGCAACCUGGCCUACAGGACCAUCGUGCAGUCGGAUGAGAAGCUGGUGAUCAGCGCGUCCUGGGCCAAGGACGACGACAUCAGCAGGCUCCUGAAAUCCCUGCCCAACUGGAGCAGCAUGGCCCAGCCCAAGCAGCUCAGGCCCAAGAGGGAGGAGGAGGAAGAUUUCGUAAGGGCCGCUUUCGGCAAAGAAUCCGAAGUUCUCAUCGGCAACCUGGGCGACAAACUGAUCCCUCAGCAGGAGAUCCUGCGCGACGUCAGCGACCUCAAGGCCUUGGCCAACAUGCACGAGAGCCUGGAGUGGCUGGCAGGGCGCGCCAAGGGGGCUUUCUCCAGCCUCUCCUCCUCCCACACCAUGUCUCCAGGCCAGGACAGCCAUUCCAGCAUGGAACAGCUCCCUGCAUCCGAGCAGAUCCUGCAAACCUUGAGUGAGCUGGCCAGGUCCUUCCAGGAGAUGGCCGAUCGCUGCCUGCUGGUGCUGCACCUGGAAGUCAGGGUUCACUGCUUCCACUACCUGAUCCCCCUGGCCAAGCAGGGCAACUACGCCAUCGUGGCCAACGUGGAGAGCAUGGACUACGACCCGCUGGUGGUGAGGCUCAACAAGGACAUCAGCGCCAUCGAGGAGGCCAUGAGCGCCAGCCUGCAGCAGCACAAGUUCCAGUACAUCUUCGAAGGGUUGGGCCACCUCAUCUCCUGCAUCCUCAUCAACGGCGCCCACUACUUCAAGCGCAUCAGCGAGUCGGGCAUCAAGAAGAUGUGUCGGAACAUCUUCAUCCUGCAGCAGAACCUCACCAACAUCACCAUGUCCCGGGAGGCCGACCUGGACUUUGCCAG